AUGGAUUCCUAUGAUACGUAUGGAUCUCCCGGCAGGAGCCGGGACGGAGACCCGUACUCGAACAGGGCACCGGUGGAUUCCUACCGACGUCGGUCUCCCGUGUCCCAGGACCGUCGCCGUGGACGUGGUCGUUCUCGCUCGCCAGCAAUGAUCGAUCGUUAUGAACCUACAGAUCGACGGACUUCCCGAGAUGAUUAUUACGCCACGGCUCGCGAACAUACCAUGAGGGAGCGUGAAGAUCGUCGCCGUGCUCCUUCUCCCAACGUCGCCAACAUUGAUCGAUAUGUCCCUGGACAGGACUCGGGAAAGCGACCGAUUCCGACAAAUCCCCUGCCGAACCCUCUCAGCCUUGAUUUCCAGGUUGGAUUCAACUGGUUUGCCGAAUGGUGGCGCGCCGAACAAUCUAUCAAGGAGGAGAAAGAACGUGCUAAGCAUGGAGGACGCCGCCCGUCGGACCGUGUGAAGGGAGAGCGCGAGGCGCGGGAAGAUCGUGACCGCGAGCGGGCGCAGAUCCAGGCUGCGUAUGAUGCGUACAAGGUGGACCUUCAGAUCAAGAUGGCAAGGACAUUCGUCCAACAUCAUCGAAAUGAAGAAUGGUUCAAGGAACGUUAUGUUCCCGAGGUUCGGGAUCCUCUGCGCCGCCGUGUGAUGGACUUCCGAGUGGGCGCUUAUCAGCAAUGGGAGAGCGACAUUGAUGGCGGGUUGUUUGAUGAUUUCACCCUCGAAGGAAUUUACAAAAGUGAGAGCGAUGGUGCGGGCGGUGUCGUGGAGAAAGAGGAAGGUGAAACGACCGCGGUGGGAGAGACUUUAAGCGUCUUGGACUUGCUACCAGCCCGAGGAGGCGAGCUGCGUGACGAGGCCUUGUCCCAACCCGCAUUGCUUAUCAAGACCCUGGCCCCGAACGUGAGCCGGGAGAAAAUCGAGGAGUUUUGCAAGGAACACCUAGGGGAACAAGAUGGUGGCUUUAAGUGGCUGAGUCUCAGUGAUCCAAACCCAUCCAAGAAGUACCACCGUAUGGGAUGGAUCAUGUUGCACCCCGCGGCGGAAAAUGCCGUUGUCGAGAGAGGGGACGGCAGAGAGGAAGAGGGCGAGGAAAUCGAGCAAGAUGACUAUGCCAACGGCAGCUCUAGUACUUCCGCCGCAGAGAAGGCCCUCGAAGCUGUCAAUGACAAAACCAUCCAUGACCCGGUUCACGGAGACUUCGUAUGCCACGUUGGGGUCCACGUUCCGCCCGCACAGCCACGCAAGAAGGCGCUGUGGGAUUUGUUCUCCACCCCAGAGCGUAUCGAGCGCGACUUGGAGCUAGCCAGACGACUCGUGGCGAAACUGGAUUCGGAAAUGGGCGGCGGUGUAGAUGGAUAUGUCAAGAUUGAAGAGCGAGUGGAAGAAUUGCGUGGUAAGGGCUGGCUGCAGCCACCCGUUACAGGCCCCGUCAGUGUCAAGAAGAGAAAACCUGAUUUUGACACGGAUGAUAUGGACGAGGGGGAAGCCGAAGAAGGGGAGGAGCAGGAAGGAUGGGAAGAUGAUGAGAUCGAUGACGAGGAGCUUUUGGCCAAGAAGAAGAAGCUGGACUUGCUUGUGGAGUAUGUCCGCAGGGUCUACAACUUUUGCUUCUUCUGUGUAUUCGAAAGCGAUUCGGUUCAUGAGCUUGCGCGGAAAUGCCCAGGUGGUCACCUUCGCCGGCCGCGGGCGGGUCUCAGCUCGCAGUCGAAGGCUGUCGCUAGAGCUAGCGCUUUAGGACAGCCGUUCCCGGUGAAGAAGAAGGAGCCCAGCGAGGAGGGCGAGGAGCAGCCAGCGCCUGCGGAGGAAAAGCGACCGCAACGGUUUGCUUCCAAAUCGGAACAGCAGCUCCAGCGUGCGUUCAACUGGGUGAAGACUUUCGAGGACAAGCUCUUGCAGAUCCUCGAGCCCGAGAAUGUGGAUAUCAGAAAGCUGGGUGGUAAACCGGUGGACGACGCACUUGAGGAGGAACUAUCGAAAUUCAUGAAGCAAGAGGACGAAUCCAAGUAUCGCUGCAAGGUUCCCGAGUGCACUAAGUUGUUCAAGGCCGAAUAUUUCUGGCGCAAGCACAUCGAGAAGCGUCACACGGAGUGGUAUGAAUCUAUCCGAAGCGAUCUGUCUUUGGUCAACGCAUAUGUCCUCGAUCCUGCUCGGAUUGCACCUUCGCGGUCUGAUGCCAAUAGCAACGGCCAUUUCCCUCUCAGCUCCGGCCAGAACCAAGCCGGCACGCCUCGUGGUUUCAGUCUGUCGUCAUCGAUGCCCGCAUACAUGGGACCGAACGGCAACGUUCCCGCUGGCUUUCCCCCUAUGGCCGGGGCAGCAUCCUUGCCUGGCUUCAUGGGCGUGAACAAUCCGGCAGGUGCCUGGAGUGGCGGUAUGGUCGGUGGUGACCAUCCUGGAUUACAUCAGCCCGGCGUGAUGCGUCGAGGUGGCCGCUUUAACAAUCGCUCCGGGCCUUACGACCGGCGAGGAGGUAAUAACCGCUAUGGCAAUUCCGUCGCCGGUAGCGGUCGAUUGAGCCCGGUUCGUGGCAUGUCAAACAUGUAUGGAUCUGGUGGUCGCCUUCCGACCAACUCGGGGGCGCCAUACAUCCCUCCUGGACACCCGGCAGCUGCCGCAUUUGCUGGUGCCGGAGGCUUUCCUGAUGCCAUGGGUGGCGGUGCCGGUCCUCAGGGUAUGGGACCCCGCGAAGCCGUUCAAGGCCGCAGUCUCAAGAGCUACGAGGAUCUUGAUGCGGUGGGCGGUGCCGGCAGUGGUGAAUUGAACUACUAA